AAAUGUUACUAGAAAAUUAAAAAAAAAUAGAGAAUGGAAGUAGCUGAGCUGAGCUGAGAGAGAAAUGGAGAGCCGGUCCUUUUCUCCUCUGCUCUCUCCUAUUUUCCCUCUCCUUUUGCCAUCUCUACUUUCCUUUCUACUUUAGGUUUCUCAGCCUUUUUCUCUUUUUUUUUUUUAAUUUUUUAUAAAAAAAUCUCGAAACUUCUUCACUCUUAAACCCAAUUUAAUCAGCUCUCACACUACCCUUUAAAUUUCAAAUAAAAUGUGGCUUUCUGUAGUUGAUUUAUUCAUGAUUUCCUCUUCCAAUAUCUGAUUUGUAUUUCUCUUUUCCUUUUUUUAUGACUUUCUUUUUUCUCCUUUCUUUUGCUUUUGGUUCCGGAACUCCGUUAUAAGCCAUUUAGGGUUUGGAUUAGCUCUGCAAACUCCACUACUCUUCAACUCAUUCAGGAUAAUAGAGGCAACAAAAAAAUGAGUAAGUGUCACUCUGACUUAUCAUUAGUUGAAGAAGUUAGUAGUAGAGGCAACAUGAGAGAAAGCAGUCAUAUGAAGAAAGGGCCUUGGACAUCAGCAGAAGAUGCGAUUCUGGUGGACUAUGUAAAGAAGCAUGGUGAGGGGAAUUGGAAUGCUGUCCAGAAAAACUCAGGACUUUCCCGAUGUGGGAAAAGCUGUCGUCUACGUUGGGCAAACCAUCUAAGACCGGAUUUGAAGAAGGGUGUGUUUACUCCAGAGGAAGAACAGCGUAUAAUUGAGCUACAUGCUAAGCUGGGAAACAAAUGGGCACGAAUGGCUGCAGAGUUGCCUGGACGUACUGAUAAUGAGAUAAAGAACUACUGGAAUACAAGAAUUAAGAGACUGCAACGUGCUGGCUUGCCAAUUUACCCUCCUGAUGUGUGCUUGCUAAUGAAUAGAAGUCAAGAAGAGAGUCAUAAUGUGGCUUCAAUGCCAACUCGGAACUCUUUUGGUUCCAAUCUCUUGCAUUCAGAUGCUUUUGAGAUUCCACAAGUGGAAUUUGAGAAUUUAGAGCUCAACCAACAAAUUUUGUCUUCACCAGCGCUUCUUGACAUUCCUGCAAAAACUAUGCUUAAACGAGUUGUUGGUCCAUCCCAUGGUUAUGGCCUUAUGUUCCCAAUAGCACAUCCUCCUAAGCGUCUUCGGGAAAGUGUCAGCAGUUAUCUCUCAAUGCCCAACCAAUUGACUGAAUAUGCUUACAAGAAAAGAUAUGAUGAGCCCUACAAGUUAUCUUCUCCAUAUGAUUCUGAUCUCAGUACCAAUGACCUGUCAUCAUUUGGUAUUCCUCCUGGCAGCAAUGCCCUUCUAGAUAGCAAUUUCUCUCCUCCUGAGCCCAUGUCUGGGCCUAUCAAGUUGGAGCUCCCUUCAUACCAAUAUUCAGAUAUUCAACAAGAUAGCUGGGGCAACCCUGCAGUCCCACUACCUUUGGUUGAGUCUGUUGAUACUGUGAUCCAGUCCCCUUCAAUGGAGCGGGUUAAGUCAGAUUGUUUUACAUCUCAAAACACUGGUCUCUUGGAAGCAGUACUUUACGAGUCACAGAAACUUAACAGCUCAAAGGAUGAUUCAUUUCAGCAGUCUUCUUCUACUUCGAUGCUUGAUGAUGUCGCCAAUUUUCCCCUAAAGCAUUGUGAGAUAGAACUUGAAGCACAUUGUGACCCAAAUUCUCCUUUAGCUCAUUCUGCUACAUCAGUUCUUAGUGAGUACACUCCUGUUGGUGGAAGCUCAUCAGAUGAACCACAAUUUGUUGAGAGCAUUCUGAGAUGUAAAGGCAAGAAAGAAAUUCCGAACCAGAUGGCUGAUUCCAGGCUAGAUGAUUUUCUCGAACCUGGUCAGUUUGGUCACGAAAAUAGGUGUGUGAGGGAUAAACCCAUUGUGAUAGAUGCUAUAGCGGCUCUUCUUGGUGAAGAUACUGGCUGUGGCUACUAGCAAAAUCUUCUUGUGUAUGAGGUACUUUGUAUGUUCAGCAAUCUUCUGAAAAUCGUUGAAAGUACUUGGAACUUGAAUUGCCAUCACAAUCUCUUGCCUUUGGUAGGUGAAAUUUUUAUUGAAGAUUUGCUCAUUUUGUGAACUACUGGAGGAGGAGUUGAUUAGUAUUUUUUUUUUUUUUUUUACGAAACUACAUGAAGUCAUUUAACUUUUUGCUAUCUUGUGCUGACAUUUGAAGCAGAUGAAAGCCCUAGGACUAGGUACGUUAAUAGUACUCAGAACUAGAGGCUGAUGUUCUAAUGCGCUCACCAGAGAAUCAUGACACUUGUUGGUAGACCAAUUGGAUAGUAAACAUUUAUGUGGAUCAACAACUUAGAUACCCGACUGUAACAUGAAUGAUUUGAUCUGGCUUGUCAUGGUACGACCCAAUACAAAUCGACUUCCAAAAACCUAUAUGGAUGGCAAAACCAAA